AUGGAACAACAGGAAAUAUAUGAGAGGAUUCUGAAAUGGUGGACUGUUUUGUUCUCUAACAACACUGCCAAAGGCAGCAAAUCUAAAAAUGGUUGGUCUUCGUGGCUCCUAGUAAAACACGAAACAGGGUUGAUGAAACAAUGGAUACAUUGGCGGCUCCGAACAAAGUACACGUGCAUUAUUGAAAAGGUCCGUCAGCGAGACCAUCCAUCCAACGUUCCAGUCCGUGGAAUGGCCUCGAGCGUGGUGGUACAAGAUAACAUUAAAGUUGUAUUGGACCUAAUUCGUGAUGCAUGUGCUAAAUCACAGCUUUCAAAACGGUGCAGUUUGGUUGCUGUCUCAAAAACGAAACCCAUCGAUCUUAUCACUGCUUGUUAUGAUGUUGGUCAGCGCCAUUUUGGAGAGAAUUAUGUGCAGGAGCUGGAAGAGAAGUCACUGGCUCUGAAAGACAUUUGUCCUGAAAUUAAAUGGCACUACAUCGGAAAAGUCCAGUCAAACAAGAUCGGUAAAAUAUGCGCGUCUCCAUCUUUAUUCUGCGUUGAAACCAUCGAAAGCCAGAAACACUGCGACAUGUUCAAUAAGGAAAUGGAAAAGAGGCAAAGUGUCUUGGACGUUUUCGUUCAGGUGAACACGAGCCAAGAAGAUGAAAAAGGAGGUCUGUCUUUGGAUAAUGCUCCCGAUUUGGCAUUGUAUAUCACAAAUAAUUGUCCGAAUCUCCAUUUCAAUGGAUUUAUGACAAUAGGAUCAUUUGACAACAGCCACAUCGUUCCCAAUCCAGACUUUGACCGUUUAUAUCAGGUCAGGGAGGCCUGGGCUAAAAGAGCUUCAAGAUCACCCGAAGAAGUGCAGUUGUCUAUGGGCAUGUCUGAUGAUUUUGAAACAGCAAUUGCACAAGGAAGCACAAGUGUUCGACAAGCAGAUGCCGUUCGUAAAAACGGAUUUUUCGAUCCCUCUGAACCAGUAUGUUUUAAAUGUCGGAUUUUCGAUGGACCACCUGGAUCUGCAUAUGCAGAAUUUGGGGAGACAAAAGUUUUGGCGCGAGUCUAUGGUCCAAACGACGAUCCAAACGGUGAUCCAUCUGCAGCAUCAUUGUCGUUGAAAGUCAAAGGAGCGUCCAACGAGGCCCGAAUUGGUUCACAAGUGCUAUCAGUGGUCAAAACAUGUGUCAUGUCGCACAGAUACAGUCAGUGCAGUUUUGAAAUCGAGGUGACGAUUUUAAACGAUGACGGUGGUCUUCUGCAGUGUGCUAUCAUUGCGGCAACGCUCGCUCUUGCGGACGCUGAAGUUCUAAUGUUGGAUGUGGUAGUCACUGCCCAUGUAUCUCGACUUCCCUCUGGGGAGUAUAUUGUUGAUCCGCGAAGUCGGCAAGUCACCGAUGGCUGUUCCGAAUGCACUUUAGCUUUGAUGCCAAAUCAGAAUCAGAUAGUUUGCUGUGACUUACGUGGAGGACACCUUACAACCCCAGAAGUCGAGGAAUUAAUCACCUUCGCAACCGAAAAAGCGAUGAAACUUUAUCCAGUGCUGAGAAAAGCAUUGCUAGCGACGAUUACUGUGCAGGAUUGA